CUGCACCACGGCGGACGAUACCGCUGUAGGGGCAGGGUGGGCUCCUGGUCCUCACGGUGGGAGGAGUCGGCGCCGGUGACAGUGACAGUGCACGAGCUCUUCCCGGUGCCGGUGCUGGAGGGUCCCCUUGAGCCCACCGAGGGGUCCCCCCUCAAUCUCAGCUGCCUCAGCCCCCCCAGCCCCCUGCGGCCCCGAGCCCCCCUCCUGCACCUCUUCUACCGGGACGGGGUGCUGGUGGGGGGCCCGCAGGGGUCCCCCCAGCUCCACCUGCCCGCCGUGGGGGUCUCCCACUCGGGGAAUUACACCUGCGAGGUGCGCUCCGAGGGGGGGGCGGUGCGGAAGAGCAGCGCCCGGCUCCGCCUCACGGUGCGCAGGAUCCCAAUCUCGGGGGUGUCCCUGUCGGCGCAGCCCCCCGGGGGGCGGGUGGCACUGGGUGACCUCCUGGUGCUGAGCUGCGCGGUGGCCGCGGGGACAGGUCCCCUGUCCUUCUCCUGGCACCGGGGGGGCUCGGCCGUGCCGCUGGGCACCGGCCCCCGCCUCGAGCUGCAC